CUUCAGAGGUCUGCUCUCAGUGCUCUGUGAUUGUGUCAAACCCGCUGUCGCUUCCUGGUUGCAGGGGGGACUGCCGUGCAACAUUUCCGGGACGCGGAGAGCGUGAGUGAUGGUCAGUCGGAAUUCAGUCGCGAGGGUCGUUGAAGGAUAAUGCUGAUUCUCAUCUCACGGUUAUUAUUUAUGGCGGCGGUGUGGCGCGUGGCGGAGGGGAAGACACCUCCGCCAUAUAGAUCAUCUGGACCAUGUAAUACAGCCUUUGAAUAUUACGCCAAAAACCUGGGAUUGUGCUGCAGUAGAUGCAAACCAGGGACUCAUCUGGCAGUUAUGUGCACUAGUAAUUCGGACACCAUCUGUGAACCCUGCCAAGAUGGACAGUACUCUGAAAACAUGAACCAUUUUUCCAACUGUUUCUCUUGUCCAAAGUGUAAAGAUGUGAAAGGACUGAUGUAUGGCACAAAUUGCUCUACUGAUACCAAAGCUGUUUGUGUUUGCAAGCCCGGGAUGUUAUGUUCUAAGCGUAAUUUCAAUAAAGAAUGUGAGGAAUGUAGAAAAUAUAGAUCCUGCAAACCUGGUGAAUAUGUCAUGAAAGAAGGAUCAAUUUCAUCUGAUGUCAAGUGUAUGCCGUGUCCGUCUGGAAUGUUUUCAAACCACAGUAAUACUGAGCGGUGUAAUCCACACACACAAUGUGAAGGCAGGUCAGUUUUAAGAUCCGGCAACUCUACAGUUGACACACUGUGUGAGAUGAUGCCACCAUCAACAGCAACAACAACAAAGGCUCCUCUUCAGAGUUCACCCAAGCCUACUCGCCCCAAAGAACCGAGUAAUUUUAGGGGCCAAACGCAGGAAAUGCAGCGCAUGAACACCUCCACCACCUCAUCUCUAGCUCCAUCGAGUAGAGCGACAUCAAGCACACCAGUGGGUCAAGAUGACAUGAUCUACUUCACUGUCGUUGGUAUUGUUCUGGUUUUGCUGAUAUUGGCAGUGAUGGUGAUUACAUGCAAGUUACGAAAGAGGAAAGCAGGUUUACAAAAAGUUCCAAUCACAGAUGGCAACAAGCUAGAAAAGGAUGCCUCGGCGAGCAGCACACCUGAUUAUCAGCGUCUGUUACCCGUCGACAGGUGCCAGAAGGAGCCGUCCAUGACUUCAUCGGACAGCCAGAGUCAGCCAGACUCAAGUCACAGCAGCGCUGACUGGCUGGAGCGCACGAGUCAGGAGUCCAUACCGGAGCCGCCGUCUGUUUCCAGCCCAAUGGUCAAUCUCAGCAUCACGGCCACCUUCAACUGCCAGCUGAACCCGUCCACAGCGUCCUGCUCCAUCCCUCUCAACACAUCUGCACGGACACCCCAUGUUGAAGCUCCAGUGCCGCUUUCUCAAGAAGAGGUCUGUAUAUCCUGCCAGCAAGAGGAUGGCAAGGAAGCUCUGCGGUCAGUGCAGGAGAGCAGCCCAUGUGUCUUCUGAUUGGAUGUUUUACUGAUCAAAUGUUAUACGUUUAGAUAAAUGCAUUUGCAAAUUCCUAAAUGCAGUGUAAUGUUAAACAGAUAAAGAAGACAUAUGUUGCAUUAUUUUUAAAAUAAAAAGGAAUAAAUUACCCAAAACUGAAAAUGUACUCACCCU